AUGGAGCAUCCAUUUCCUUCUCCACACGGCUACAGAAAUGCCAACACCUUGCCUUCCGCUGGUCAGGUUAAAACUGGUAGACGAGCAGACGAUCGCGAUGAAGCCGAAAGCCCAGAAGACGUCUGGUCGGCACAGGAGAGCGGCAAUGACGUCGGCGCAGUCAUUGAAAAGGAAACGUCCAGUGAUGGUCUCGUAUAUCACCCCACCCUUCUUCCUCUCAAUCCGUCGAAGGUGCCAGACCGUGAUGCUGUCGCUAACCAGUUCAGAUGCGAACUUUGCAAGCAGCGGAAAGUGAAGUGUGAUCGUUUGGAGGAAGUCAUCCAAGCGCAAGCACGGCUUAUCGAAACGCAUAUAAUACAAAGUCAACGUCGUCCAGGGAAUGAAAAUCAGUUGAACUUAUGCCCGCCAGCAGUCCCUUCCUACAGCUCUCCAUCAGACCGCUCCGCCGCCCCCGAAUCGAGCCCAAGAGAUGGAUUAUAUCCGCAUACAUCAACCUCGGGUCUUCCGACACAGCACCGCCGUAUCUCGGUUGUUGGAAGCUAUACUCAAGAACAAAGCACAUCCACGCCUUCAGAUAAAUCGAUGAAUAAUACCUCUCCAAUCCAGCUUCAAAAUGGCCUGUCGACACAAGGCCUACCACAGCAACCAGUGGAAACACAUCGACAUAUCUUUACUCCUAAAGACUCGUCAUCCUUAAGGAUUCCUACUGUGCCUAUCUACUCUCCAAGUCAUGAUAGCCCAUCCCUCGCCGAUCCCAACGCCGAUCUCCCGCCUUACGAUCUAUUAUAUUCAUUGGUUGACUUGUACUUUGAGCAUAUCAAUGCGUGGUGCCCUAUACUUCACCGGAGAACAACAUUAGAUACUCUUUUUGGGCCAUCUCCAUUAAGUGAAGAGGAUCGGAUGCUUUUAUACGCAAUAGUUGCCACGACUCUGCGGUUUUCAAAAGAUACGCGGUUGAAUGAAGACAACCGAAAACGGUACCACGACGCUUGUAAACAGAAAGUUAUACUAUACGGCCUCGACAAUUCAUCAGUAACGUCUUUACAAGCUCUGGUUAUCUUGGCGUUAGACGUUGUUGGCUCAUCAAAUGGCCCUCCAGGGUGGAAAUUACUUGCACUCAUUGCUAGAUCUGUGGUCCAGCUUGGCCUAGCUGUAGAAGCCACCUCCUCUCUGGUCGCUACGAUGUUCCCAUCCAUAUAUACUCUUAGAGCCAACAUACUUCCCGACUCUAGAACGUGGGUAGAGGACGAAGGCAGACGGCGACUAUUCUGGGCAGCCUAUCUAUUAGAUAGAUAUUCCACAAUAGCUACUGCCUUCGACUUUGCACUGGAUAUAAAGGAAAUAGACCGAAAACUCCCAUGCAAAGAUGAAUAUUUUGUCAAAAAUCAACCUGUUGAGACAAGGUUUUUCAAUACCCACGAGCAGAUGGAGCACUGGCAGUCUACCUAUCGAAAACUUGAUAAUGAGCUGACAGCAUGGGAGUAUCAUUUACCGAAGGAGUAUUCCUUUGCCAUGUCCGGCCGAUACUUAACACCUUCAAAGUCCAGGUCCGUUCAUUGUGGUUGGAUUAUGUUACAUGCGGCAUACCAAACUACUAUCAUUCGAUUGCAUUCAUCAGCUGCCUAUCCUACCACCCGUUCACCUAUUUUCACCCCGUCGUACGGUGCCAUCCAACGCUGCUUAGCUGCCACUGAAAGAAUCCGGGCGAUUGCUGGGUUCGUCGUGGACAACAAUGUCCUAGACAAGUUUGGUCCCCCGUUUGCAUUUACGCUCUGGGUAUCUGCUCGACUACUCCUAGUAAACGGGUCAACAGUAGCCCAUACACUAGAUCCUGCCAUUACUUUCUUCGUCGAUACUCUUCGUCGCAUGGGACAAUAUUGGAAAGUUGCGAAGCGAUACAGCGAGAUAUUACAGCGAGUCUUGGACGAAUACAAUGAAUUCGAACAAUCCGGUUCUGCAGCUGCGGAUCGCACAGCGCCCUCUUCCGUAAAGAUUCUAGCUGAUAUGAGACGGUGCGCGUUUGAUCUCGACUUUUUAAUUUCCCAUCAACCUCCGAAGGGCAGCAGCAAUAGCCACACACCAAUUCGGGGAGGAUCCACGGCAUCAGUAGGCGGGUUAAUUACUCCAAAAGCCACCAAUGCCACUUCACUUGCGCCACCACGCAACCUAAGCCCUCAUGAUCUCGAGUACUUGGAUAUCUUUGACUUCUUCAAUGUACCGCGUGUGCCUCUUCCGGGAGGAAACUUACAUGCUCCACCGCAAAUCAAUGGCUUAGGGGUAAUAGAUCAAACACAGCAAAUGACAGCCUCGCCUUCUCAACCACAAGCAAAUCCCCCUGCUGUAGCAGCAACAGUAGGAGGAAUUACAGUUGCCGAUCUAGCUAAUGCUGCGGCCGUUGGUGCUGCGGCUGCAGUACAGGCCUCGAAUGAGUUUAAUAUUACCAAUUAUAUGGUGCCAACACCAGAGACGGAUUGGUUAUUCAGAGCCACCACAUAA